CAAUACCACCAACCACAUCUUACAAUUCAAUGACAUCAAUACGAUUCCUGGCAGAUGCUUUUGUCCGUUUCCACGUUAAAAAAUUUGUUGGCAUGUUCACAAAUGCCAUGCAGGUAAAAUAAGAAGAUGAUGGGUGAAGAAGAUACUAGCAAUAGAGAGGCAUUGUUGAAGAAAAAUCAUUACUAUGAGAAUUGUCCAGGGUGUAAAGUUGAUCAAAAUAAAGAGUUAAGGAGAGGAAUUCCUGUUAAAGAACUUGUUUCGAUAUGGAUUGUUGUGCUUGCUACUGCACUUCCAAUAUCGUCACUCUUUCCAUUUCUUUACUUCAUGAUUAGGGACUUUCAUAUUGCAGAAAGGGAAGAAGACAUAGGGUAUUUUGCUGGAUAUGUUGGGUCUUCAUUUAUGCUUGGUAGGGCUUUGACAUCUGUGUUUUGGGGGAUCAUGGCUGAUCGAUAUGGACGAAAGCCUGUAAUUAUCAUUGGGUCCCUCUCAGUGGUUAUUUUCAAUACUCUAUUUGGCCUUAGUGUAAAUUUUUGGAUGGCUGUUGGUACAAGGUUUCUUCUAGGGAGCUUGAAUGGUUUACUUGGACCUAUCAAGGCAUAUGCAUGUGAAAUGUUCCGAGAAGAACACCAGGCUUUAGGAUUAUCAACAAUAAGCACAGCAUGGGGUAUGGGGUUAAUUGUUGGCCCAGCCCUUGGAGGUUUUCUCGCCCAGCCAGCAGAGAAAUAUCCAGAUGUUUUUUCCGAGGAUUCUUUAUUUGGGAGGUUCCCAUAUUUUCUGCCAUGCUUCAUCACAUCAGUUUUUGCUUUUGGAGUUUGUAUUGCUUCAUUCUGGCUUCCGGAAACACUGCACAUGCACAGUGAGAAAAAACUUUCUAGCAAUGACACAAUUGAUGCUAUGGAAACCGGAUCAAAUGGCACUAAAGGAAAUGAAAGAAGAGAAGAUGAUGAAAUAAGCAAGCCAACUUCUGGAGAAAGCCUGCUGAAAAAUUGGCCUUUGAUGUCAUCUAUCAUUGUUUAUUGUGUUUUCUCACUUCAUGAUAUGGCUUACACAGAGAUAUUUUCCUUGUGGGCUGUCAGUCCAAAAAAGUUUGGGGGCCUAAGCUAUUCAACUGGGGAUGUUGGUGAAGUUCUUUCUGUUACAGGUUGCAGCCUUCUUGUCUUUCAACUUUCUUUGUAUCCAUACAUAGAGAGGAUUCUUGGACCUGUAUCAAUAUUCCGCAUUGCAGGGGUUUUAUCCAUACCUUUGUUAGCAAGUUAUCCUUUACUUGCCAAGUUAUCGGGUUUCAGCCUUAGCCUUUUGAUAAAUUGCGCUUCUAUGUUGAAGAAUGUUUUAUCUGUAUCAAUAAUCACGGGCUUGUUCAUUCUGCAAAACAGAGCAGUGGAUCAACACCAAAGAGGAGCAGCUAAUGGCAUUGCUAUGACAGCAAUGUCUCUUUUUAAAGCAGCUGGUCCUGCUGGAGGUGGUGCCUUAUUUUCUUGGGCACAAAAGCACCGAAAUUCUUCGUUUCUUCCAGGUAAUCAUUUGGUGUUCUUCGUUUUAAAUGUGGUCGAAGCAAUCGGCGUGUUGAUGACAUUCGAGCCUUUUCUAACUCAACGAAAGCUAUUGGAGUAACAAAUUCAUUUGUAGGAUGAAUCAAAUUUUGUGCAAAGGUUGAUUCACACAGACUUAUUAGUCUCCAUUGAAAAUUGAUUACACAGUGAUGUGCUACUACCUUGACAGUAUGAUCCAAUUUUAAGAAAUGUUUACUGCU